CCUUUAGAGGAUCAAGCACACCACUUGCAUGACUGGAGUCUAAAUAUCUUGGAAAUAUGGAACCCUUACCCAGCCUUACCCAGGACCACGACUUGCCAUACCAGAACACGGCAUGGAAUAUGACGUAGAUAAACUCACGACCACAUCGAUUUCACACACCGACCUGACCUCAGGACCUUCCCCGGAUCGCCAACUGCCCCUCCCCUGCUAUGUCUCCAUAAUGGGCAUCCGCAGCCCUGGCGAUGCAGCGCUUCUGAGUCGUCGGGACGCCAUCGUCACCCGGGGCACCGACGAUCUUGAAGAUACUGACUUGUGGGUGCUUCUGGAGCAUGGUGUAUCGGGUCUAACGGUGUUAGACAUAAACCCAAGUGACGCGACCGUCAAUCCAGGAGACGGCGUUUCCCGGCGCUACGAUCCGAAUCACCGCCUUAACAUCCUGGGAUUUUUGGUGCGUUAAUUCUCGAAUCGGCCAAGAUAAGAGGAAGUAUGAGCACACUGCUUUGAUCUGUCAUUGCUAGCUGUAUUCCACGUUGAUGAGUGGAAUCAAUUCAUUAUGGGUUAGCAGCGGCUGGAUGAGCCUAGCACAACAUCAGAGCCAGCAGUAUAUAUAGCUUUGAGUUC